UGGGUUUCUCAUCCUCUACAACAGAAAUAUCAAUUCAUGUUCUUGUGCUUGCUCUCUUUAUAGUAAUAUUAUCAUUCCUUCAUCAAAAUGAGGCGUCAAAUUACAUCGGCAGAUCAUGUUAUUACGACGACGAUGCCAAUUAUACUUCUGGCAGUGAAUAUGAGAGAAAUUUGGGUCGAGUCAUCAACUCUCUUCACAACAACAGCGACAAUUCCAUCUUCUCCAAUAUCACCUAUGGGGAUUGGCCCAACCAAGUUACCGGACUCUUCCUCUGCAAAGCCGACAUCAAUUCAAGUAUAUGUCAGGAGUGUAUCAACUUGUCCACCUCAAAACUCUUAGUAGAUUGUGCUUUAAAGAUACAAGCUGUAAUAUGGUAUGAUGAUUGUUUGUUCCGUUAUUCAAACAGAACAUUAUACGGAAAAUUAGAAACAGGUCCGGCCAUAUUCAUGGGUAAUGAAAAUAAUAUAUCCUCGUUGUAUGACCAAAACAAGUUUGAUGAGGCUGUGAAACAAAUGUUGGCAGAUCUGAUAGAUGCAUUUUCCAAUUAUACUUCUCCUCCUUCUGGAAUGUAUGCAACUACAGAGAUGAAUGUUCAGAAUGUUCCAACGUUGUAUGGGAUGGUUCAGUGUACUCCUGAUUUGUCACGUGUAGACUGUCGGGCUUGCUUGUACAGAGGUGUUUCAAUCUUCCAACAACGCCCCAUACAAGGAAAACAGGGUGCAAGGUUUCUUGCUCCAAGCUGUAAUAUAAGAUAUGAGAUUUACUCGUUUUUUCUCAAUUCCCCUGCACCACAGCUUGCACCGCAGCCUUCUCCUCCUCCCAUCAAACCAACAGACAACUCAAAUAUUGGGAAUGGAAGGAAGACAAUCAUUUUGAUUAGUGUGAUUUUGUCAGUAGUUCUGGGAGUGACGGCAUUUGUGAUCAUUUUUAUUGUGUAUUUGAAGAAAAGGAAAAAACAGCAAGAGGAGACAAUAGUACUCGGCCUAGAAAAACACAUAUUUCAAGAAGAUGGAGGAGAACAACAGGUGGAAUCCAAAGAAUUUCCAUUAGAUCUCGUGCUUACCGCAACUGAGAAUUUCUCAGAAGAGAAUAAGCUUGGAGAAGGCGGAUUCGGUCCUGUGUACAAGGGUAAGCUAUCAAAUGGGAAAGAAAUUGCUGUUAAGCGACUCUCAAAAAGUUCUGGACAAGGCCUAGAAGAGUUUAAAAACGAGAUCUCGUUGAUCGCAAGACUACAACAUCGUAACCUUGUUAGACUUUGGGGUUGUUGUUUGGAAGCAGGGGAAUCCCUUCUCAUCUAUGAGUAUAUGCCAAACAAAAGCUUAGAUUUUUUUCUCUUCGACUCAACUCGAUCUCCACAACUAGAUUGGAGUAGACGCUUUAGCAUUAUUGAUGGCAUAGCUCGUGGGCUUCUUUAUCUACAUGAGGAUUCUCGACUCCGAAUCAUACACAGAGAUCUCAAAGUUAGCAAUAUAUUGCUUGAUUAUGAAAUGAAUCCAAAAAUAUCUGAUUUCGGAAUGGCAAGGAUUUUUGACAGUAAUCAAUGUGAAGCAAACACUAACCGAGUUGUUGGAACAUAUGGCUACAUGGCACCUGAAUAUGCUUUGGAAGGAUUAUUUUCUGUUAAAUCGGAUGUUUUUAGCUUUGGAGUUCUCCUCCUAGAGAUUAUAAGUGGUAAAAGAAAUUGGAAAUUCGAUCACCCCGACACUGGAAAGAAUCUCUUAAUUUUUGCAUGGGAAGAAUGGAAGAAUGACAAUGGCUUAGUGUUGGUAGAUCCCUCAAUAGUGGAAAAGUAUGUGGCAUCAGAAGUGUUGAAAUGCAUACAUAUUGGAUUGCUUUGCGUGCAAGAAGAUCCGGCAGACCGACCAACAAUGUCAAAUGUGGUUUUGAUGCUUCAAAGUGAUGCAAUGAAACUUCCACAACCAGGACGACCAGCGUUCUUACUCAAACGACGUGUUGUAAUCUCAGUCGGAUCAUCGUCGUCACAAGAAGAAGUUAAAACCGUUUCCAAUAAUGAGGUAACAAUUUCAAAUAUAUCUGCCCGAUAAUUUUGAGAUCCAUUUAUGUUAUAUGGAGAUAAUUGCAAUAGACAUAAUUUUAUUAUAUUAAAUGGGAAUAAGUAAUCAAAUACUUGGUGUGCACUAUAUAUACAUGUAAACUUAAAAUCCAAAACCAGAUAUAAGGACCAUUUUGCUUUUGCUUUUAGUGAUUUCA